GAGAAGCGUUGAACAUAGUGAUUGACAGGUGUAUCACAUUAUCAGGAAGCGUGUGUUGGAGCUGUAUAAAAAUGAAGCUACAUCGCAGCAUCCAAACCUCAACGUUCAACGGAUUCUGCUUGGAAACGGAAGCACGGACACGGACACGGGCGUGAGCCAAGUGGCUAUUAGGAGCAUCGAGCGGAGAAAUUAAAGAAGUUAAGGUUCUAGCGGAAAUGCUGAAUCUCGCACGGCACCGAAGGGACUAGACUAGACAAAUCGUACACGUUGAAAAAAGCUUGCCAGGUGACGGAGGGUCGAAAGACGGCAGGUUAGAACGCUACACCUUGGUUCCGUGGAUAUCGUGGACGUCCCUGAAAUAACACGAGACGCCGAAGGUGGCGACCCUGUAGGUGGCAGUCGCGCUGGGUUCCUGUUACACGAUGCGAAUCCGGCACUGGCGCCCCAGUCAUGCCAACCGAUGGUGGGGGGACAGUUACGUUUCACGUGACACGCUGGCGCCUUGGUGGUAGGGAUCGAUCCGUGAUCACGUGACCGUUGGCGCCGAGAUGGUGGGGACGCACCUACCACCCCUUCGGGAAGAACGAACUGGAGAAGAGCGAACCACGGCAGGAAGACCGGCGGCAUUCUGACCUGGUAAGUCGCCAGUGUCGGAUCGUGAGAAAGUGAAUAAGACUAAAGCACCGGAGGACAUUUAAAUCGACCGUGUAAGCGACAAUCGUUUUUAAAAGCGAAACGGUUUCGCCGCGAACUGUCUACGACGCGGACGCAAUUGACGGAUUACGAGCUACGCCAAACCAAAUUACGCUUAUUUAUUACAAUUCCUACGUCGUACGAACCUUCGGCCGAUCAUUUUUAUUCGUUCGCUACCAGUGUGUGUUGACGCGCUAUUGUAACGCGUUUUCGGUUCUUUCUUGCUCUUUAUCCUCGAUCGAGAGAGACCGUUUCGACGAAACCGAGGAUACGCGAAGAAAAACAGGAAGAGUCAAACACAGAAGAAAAGAAGAAGAAAAAAAAAAAGGUACUAUACAAGAUCGAGAGACCGGUAGCUACUUUGGACAGCGAGAAUAGGAGAGACGAAAGUAAAGUGUGUUGUGCAUGGAACGCAAGGGAUAACAAAAUCGGUAGACCAGCUUUUUUUCCCACAACUUUGUCGAACCCCGACAGAUUCUCGCCGUUGUAUAUAUUGUUUUCGCGUAAACGGCCUUUAGGUGAGUGAUAUUCGAAGUCAUCGCCCGAAACCAAGGUCCUGUUACGUGUAUAUAUACACGCGUACGCACACGUUCGACACGCGUGUAUUCCUCUGUUAGUUUUAUUUUGUGAAGUGUUGAGCAGUGUCCUGGGCGAGGUAAGCGUCUUGCCGUGCGAAUUCGUGCCAACUUCUCUAGCCGUGGCCGUAUCUUUACGAUCGAUUUGUGCAUGCUCUGUCUGGUCGCGCCGGUGAAAAACGGUUUGGCAACGUGGCACGUGAAUAAAGUGACACCGCGACGACGACGACGACGGCGACGGCGUCGGCGACGGCGCUGAGAAGAGACGGAAAAUACGAACGAGAGGGGAAAAAUACGUCUGAUCUUAUACAGCGAGGAUUCGUUUCGCGUCGUCAACGACCACCGGAAUCUUGACACGUACACACACACACACGCACGCACACACACACGCACACACACGCACACACACCGUGCAAUAAUAUCUUCGAUCGCGAGCAGCAGCAGCAGCAGCAGCAGCAGCGGCAGCAGUCAUCGCAUACACAGCCGAGAAAAAGAAGAGAAGGAGGUGGUGGAGGAGGAGGAGGAGGAGGAGAGGUUGUGCCGCCGCCGCCGCCACCGUUUCUCUUUGUCGUGUGUGUGCGUGUUUCGAGAGGUUAGAAACGCCACGGGAUCAUGGAUCUGCUUUGCUGCGAGAACACGGCGGUCGAGCGCAGAGCUUACGCCGAUCCUGCCGUACUUGGCGACGACCGUGUGUUGCAGAAUCUUCUAAAAACCGAGGAAAGAUACGCACCCAGCAGUUCUUACUUCGAGUGCGUGCAGAGGGACAUCUCGCCGCUCAUGCGCAAGAUCGUCGCGGAGUGGAUGUUGGAGGUAUGCGAGGAGCAGAAGUGCCAGGACGAGGUCUUUCCCCUGUCCAUGAACUACGUCGACAGGUUCCUCUCGAUCUGCCCUAUCAGGAAGUCGCAGCUGCAGCUACUAGGAACUGCCUGUUUGCUUCUCGCCUCGAAAUUGCGAGAACCAUCGCCGCUGACCGCCGAGGCGCUUGUUUUCUACACAGACAACUCCGUCACCCUGGAUGACCUAUGGAGGUGGGAGCAGUUGGUCGUCUCGAAGCUGAAAUGGGAAUUGUCCGCCGUAACACCCGGUGACUUCCUGAUGCACAUCCUGAGCAGACUGCCGGUGCCACGUACCUGGGACCCGGUGAUGGUCAGGAGGCACGCGCAGACCUUCAUCGCCCUCAGCGCCAGAGAAUACAAAUUCUCCAUGUAUACGCCGAGCAUGAUCGCGGCGGCGAGCGUCGCAGCGGCCCUCCACGGUCUCGAUUGGACAGGGAAAAGCGGUUACGGGCUGGCCGGCCUCCUCGACGAGUUAACUCGCAUCACGGCUAUCGAACAGGACUACCUGCAAGGUUGCCUGGAGCAAAUCGAAGAGAUGGUAUCUGAAGCAGUGGGUGCCGACGGUACCGGCGGGAACGGCCAUCAGGUGACCGGAUCAUCUCUUUCGGGCACGUCGCAGAGGCCUCUGGGGGACGAGAUAACCAGCCAGGAGAAGAUCCUGGAACACGAGAAGGCGGGCACGCCGACCGAUGUGAGGGACGUCCAUUUUUGAGAGACGCCGCUGAGGGAAACUCUGGCCAGGGUGACUCUCUGCUGAGCCUAGAGGCCGAGGAGCGAGCGAUGCCCAGCAGCGACGACGACAACGACAACGACGCUGAGGGACCCACGGCCACGAAGAGAAUCAAGAGGGACGAGGCAAAGUUCGAGCCGAAGAACGCGCGAGAAAAUUCUUGAAACGCAAAGAGUAUACAACGCGCACAGGCGCGUGCGAAAGACACAUAGAUAUAUAAAACACGUUGUGUUUGCUCGACCGAAUCGUCGUUUGGUUUCCCUUCGUCACCACUGUGAACGGAAUCGUCUUUGAAGAAAGAGAGACAGAUCUCGAAACGUGUUCGAUAUUUUAGUGUUCUGUACGGAUUCUGUAGAUUCAUCGCGAAGAUUCGUAAACCCAAACGCGGGACAUCGAGGGACUAGGGACAUUUUUCUUUUCUUUUUUAAACAGCCACUUCCCUUCGAACGCACGUUCGAUUGUUCGCUGAUCGUUGAGCGACUUGCGAGCGAAGGAGCGCUAUCUUUCGUGGGCUCGACUGGCGGAGAGAGCACGCGAUCGAUGGAAAAACACGAAACAGUUUUAGUCGAUCUAUCUAGAUAAAGCUAUCGAGAAUAUACGUUAUAGUUUUUACUCGGAGAUCGAGCAACGAUCAAUGCCGAGGCGUUGUCCCAAAACGAAUCGUAAUUCCGCGUGCACAAUUUAUAUAUAUAUAUAUACACAUAUAUAUAUAAAAUAUAUAUAUAUGUAUAUGUAUAUAUAUGUAUGCAUGUGUGUGUGUGCUCGCGUGUGUGUAUGUAUGUGUGUAUACAUAUAUGCGUAUGUAUAUGCAGAGGGUCGGAUAGCGAGCGCGAGGGUCCAAGGUCUCGAUGGGCCCCCUUUGUUAUUUAGUUGUACGCGUUUUUAUUCGCGAAUAUCCGUGUGCAUCCGAUCGUUCAAGGCAUCGGAAUUGGUUUUGUUCUCAAUUCAUUGACAGAGACUACGUGUCGUCUCGUAUCAUGAUCUAGAGUUUUCCGAGACUUUUUUCUUUUAUUAUUAUAAUACUUUUUUAUUUUAUUUUUUCUUUUGGGAUGGAACGCCCUCUAUUGGCGUUGCAGCAUGGAACGUAGAUCGAUCGAAGAUGCGGAACUUGAAAAAGUCUGAACUGUUUUUUAUACUUCCGUUCGAGACAAUGAUUCGAUAAUUUAGCCCUUUGAAAGUUAGAUUUCAUUUUGCAGAAAGAUGUUCGUCGGUGCAAGGAAAGGUAGCAAGUAAGAGUAAAUCGUUUGACUAGGAAUGUAAGUCGAAUGUGAAAUAUUUGAGCGUCGUUUAUUUAAGUAUCGAAUGUUAUACAAAAUAGAAGGAAUCGCGAGACACGAGCGUGUACUCCAUUCUCGCUUCGUUGUCUCUCCAUUCCCCCCCCCCCCCCCUCCCCGCCCGAAACAUUCACGUAAUUAUCAUGCAAUGUUCUUUCUGCAUACGAUAUUGAAACGUUCGGCAACUUUCACGAUAAUGUCAGCUUUCGAUCGGAUUCGCUUCGCGUUAAUUCGAGGCUGGAAAAGAAGAAAAGAAACUGAUCUGCGAAAGGUUAAUAACAGAUCGACGAGUAUCGGAGGAAAAAGGAACAAAAGUAAACUGCGUGUAAUUUAAAACUCAACGGUUAAAUCUUGUUAAAAGAAGAAAGAGACAAAUGUAUCGUUAAAAGAGAGACACUGAGAUUACUCGAACGUGAGAAAUAAAACGAAUAAAAAGAAUAAAACAUGCGAUUCUAGUAGCAUCUUCGAGAGAGACCGAAAUGUAGCAAGAGAUAGGAAACGCUUCGACGAUAAUUUCGAUGAUGGUCGAAGGAGAACAGAGACCAGAAGUAGAAUUAGAAAAGAGGAGACCGGAAGGCGUGCCGUUGAGGGAAGGCUAUGCAAUACGCUUUGUGCAUCUAUUUCGCAAUAGAAUUGUACACUUAACUUUUAGUAGCCGGACGACGAAGCUAUCGCGCCAAUUUCGUGUAUCGUUUAGAAAAUUAGAGAAAACCGUUAAAGAAAGAACAACAAAAUGCGGACCGAUUCUUUUCUAUAAGGCUAGAAAGAAGAGGAAAGAAAAGCAAAAGAGGGGAGAGAAGAAAUACAGAAAACAAGGAAUAAAAAGUUCAUAUAGUCAAAUCCAGUCAUGUAGUGUUUUGUACAUAGGUAUACAUACGAGAAAAGUUAUAUAUAUAUAUGUACACAUUAUAUAUACACGAGGUGUGUGCUUGCGCGCGAGUGAAGAGAGAUAGUAUGAUACGAGAGAAAGGAGGAGGAGUACGAAGAAAGGGAAAACGUUGAUCGCGCGUGCGAGUUUAUUACAGCGAGAUGUCGAAUGGAAUAGGGAAGCGUUUUAGAGUAGUAGAUAGAAAAAGGAAAAUAUAGUUCCCUUUUGUUUUUUUGUAUUUACGUUUACAAUAAUUGUUAAUCCAAAUGUGUUUUUUCCUUCCGGGAGCUGCGGCACAACCCGUCGCUUAUUCCACUCGGUUCCUAAGAUCGGUUGUGCCACGCCCGAUGUGCAUUUGUGAACGUUCGAUGAUGCGCGGUGUGUGGAUGUAUGGGUUAUACGUGCGUGUACAUGCGUGUGUGCCGAAUUUUUCGUAAGCAGAAAAGAAAGAAAAAAAAAAAAGGAAAAAAUGGGGAAGAAAAGCUUCAACGGCGUAACCAGAGGGUUUCGAAAUUCCAAAAAAGAUUUAUAAAUAACUUUUUACCGUCGAAUCUGCUGGUAUAUGCAUUUCAGAUUACAUCUUUUUAACUCUUUUUGAUAUAUUAAUAUGUAAAUACAUAUUAUUAUGCAUAUCAUAAAGCUGAUUUACGAUGGCUUCUUGUAGCAUGUAUCGUAUAACUAUCACGCGCGAUGCUAUUCGUUCUAUUAAAGAAAACAUCGCAGAAAUGACAAAAUAGCGAAUUAGUAUGGAAUUUCUACUGUCUGUGCACCAGACAGGCUAAAAUAAUUUCUGCUGAUCCUUGAGUUUCUUUUUUUUUUUUUUUUUUUAAAGAACUUGAUAAAAGGAUGACUUUGAUAGUUAAACCGAGUCAGUCUAACCUUUGCACGCUCGAAACCAGCACUCUGCAUUUGGCUAUUCUUCUCCCAAAACCGCGAUUGUAAAUAUGUAGGAAAGCUAUACGAGGCGUACUAUUAAAAGUUAACACAGUAGUCCGUGUAAGAUAGAGUGUCGAGUAACGUGGCAGUGCGAUAGAAUCGAGAAAGAGAAAUUGGACGAGGAGUUUAAAUACGAGUAGAAUCGGACGUUUAAACGUUGUCUAAUAAUUGAACUAUUUUGGUGCUGUGAUUUUUAUUCUGUGGGUUUGCUAGAAGUGCAUGGAACCGCUGAAUGAGAUUUUAUAGAAAUUUCAUUUAUAUAUUAUAGCGAAUGUCUUUUUCGUGUUCGUUCGAGAAACAGGCAUUUGGAAGAAAGAUUCAAAGUACAAAAUCAGAAGAUGUAACACGUCUCAAUUACUAAUUAGGACAAGGUAGUCUAAAUAAGAAUUUGAAUACUCGAAAACAAUGAAAUUUGAUAUCCGUGUAUUUUAUAAAGUCAUCGAUUGUUAUUCGAAAUGCGUAAAAUUCUUAAAAUUAGAACGAUUAAAGGGAAAUUUUCGAAUUUAGGUCUUUGUACAUAAAUCACCCCUUUCCAAAUUUGUAACUCCAAACCACAAAAAGAAAAAAAAAAGGAACAAAAGAAAGAAAAAGAAAUACCAAAAAGAAAGAUUCUCAUCGCACAGAUCCACAGCACCAGAAGUGUUGAACCUCAACUACUAUCGUUCAUCCAACGUAUUUAACGUUAUUAUACGCAUAAACUCCCUUUUAGAAGACAAAAUAUAAACGUUUAAUCAAUCUAUCCUCCUUAAUCUACGCUGUAUGUACGUAUAAUUAGAUUGCCAAGUAGUUGAAGCAGAAUAUUAUCCGACGCAAAACCAAAACGAUAAAAAUAGAGAAAAUAAUAUAAAUCCCAAUGUCUAAUGUCGUGAAAAUGGAAACAGCUCAAACGACAGUAGUUGAGGCUAGCGUCCAAUGUUCAUCGAAAAAGAAACAAAAAGGAAAUAGUAAAAAGAUAAAUAAUCUACGAACCCAUUAGUACUUAAAAUGCGUCGAGUAGAGUAAAGGAGAGAAAAAGAGGGGGAGACCAGAGUUCGGGGAACGCGAGUUCCUCUUCUUCCCUCGAACUUGAAAAAUGAACGAAACGAACCUAUCCUACGAAGAGAAUAAAAAGAAGAACUUGCUAAGAGGAGAACAGGGCGGGAAGAGGUACACGCGUUUCGUCCGCUCUCAAUGAAAAUCAAUCUGCGCAUUCCGACUAAGAAGUAAGAAAACGAUAAAGAAAAAAAAAAAAAAAACAGAACACAAGAAAAUGGCAGAAAUAGCCCAGUGCCACAGAACGAAACCUAGUUAGUAACAUACUCUUCAAGUAACCAAAUCCUAGUACAACGUAGAGAGAGAUCGAAUAAUAUAAAAGAGAAGAAAGAAAGAAAAAGCAAAUGAUAUGCAGUCUGGUGUACGCAUGGCUGACCUUUUUCAUACUUGUACUACUAGCGUACGAUAAUGCGUUCUCUGUGCACGCACUUCUAACAUAUACAUGUAUCUGUAUAUAUAUCGUAUACUAUGUAUCGUAUAUAUACAAAUAAAUGUAUAUACGUAUAUGUACAUAUAUAUUUGUAUAUUUUAAACACGUAUCAUUGUGUACCUUGGAAGAAUGGGAUCAUUGUCGAGAGACGGGGGAGGGACGCAUCGGAGCUACAUCGGGCAAUUGUAAACCGAAAAUGACGGUGCCUUGAUGCAGGGUCCCAGAUUUUCUUGUACGUUCGAUCGAAAUUCGAGGUUUGAAGAAAUACUUCUUCAAAGUUUGCCUCUUUUUUUCGCCAAUCGUCCAUUCGAAAUUUAUUAUAUUAUAUUAGCUAGAAGUUAAAGUUCUUCGAGGAAAUUUAUAAAUUUCGAAGGAAUUCCGGAGGAAAACUAAGAACGUUACUUUGUUUAAAUCCGUUUGUUAGAAACGUAUAGAAUCGUAUUUAAUUGUGGAAUUUAUCGUGGUGGUUCUUUUAUGGACCUUUAUUUUAUUAAUAGUAUAUUGGCUAUAUGCGUAGUAGGACAUUACAUAUGUUUACAUAGUCGUCUUCUAAUUUGUCUUUUAUUUCCUUUUUCGAUUUGGGAUCCGUGAAAAUAGUUAUUCGCAUCGAUUUUAAACGAUCUUUUGUGAAGAAACUUUCUGUUUCGUUUUAAAGAUCCCUGUAUGUGUACGUGGCAUUUAGAUUGAUUUAUUAAAGUUCUUAUAAUAUCGAAUUUACUUACGUUAAUUUUUCGAGAUUCGUGUCUCUUGGUGUUUUACCAUUAUAUUAGUUUUUUGAUAUAAAUCUGCAUCGACAUUUAUUUGCUUCAUUUAUACAAUAUUCUUCGUUAUUUUGUUACAUAAUAACACUAUGUAUCGUGUAAUUACGAAUGGACGAAUCCUAAAAAAGGGCAAAUUAUUAACAGUAUAGAUAUAAGCAUGUAUAAAAAUACGUAGUAAAAUAAUUUCCAAAAGCGAAGAAGAAAAACCGAAACGAUGGUAAAGUAGUUGCACUUGUCAUAAAAUAGAACUGUUCGGAGAUCUGUGAUCCUAGGUUGCGAGCCUGUUCCUAAAUCGCGUCUCGUUCCAGUCGAACAACCCCGUUAUUCCGCCCCUGUUUUAGCUUAGUAAGAACACGACGAGCUUGCGACACUCUUUUCCUUCUUUAAUAUCACCGAACGAAAAAUAAUCUAGCGCCACAGAAAUUCUUUAAUUUGUUUCCUUCUUCCACGAAUAAUCGUGGAACACGCGAGAAUCCGAUUAUGUUCUUUUCUUUUUUUCCUUCGUUCGAUGCGAGUACAGAGUUUCGCUUCAUUCAACGUCACGUGAUUACGCUUCCUCUCAGCAAUCCUAAUCUUAGCCACGCUCCGCGUAUAUCAAUAGACACGUUCGAAGCUCGUACCAAGAAGAGAUUGAAGCUCAAUUUUCCUCUUUAACGAGGAUUCACUGCCAGAUUCAACGGACGAAAAUAAUAGUGCACGCGCUCAAUGACGAACUCGCAUCGAUCGCUAUACAUACUAUUACAUAUGUUGUUUUCUCAUUUCGUAGAUUUCGUCGGUUGUUAUCCCCGAUUUUUUCGUUCGCAGUAAAGCAACGCAAUAGACAUACCACUGAUAUACCUCAGACACCGCAUACACCGCUCGAAACAGCAUGUGUAGCUUUUUUUUUUUUUUUUAAAUCUCACUCACGGCGAAAGAGUGUGCAGAAGAAUGAAAACAAAGAGUUAUGAAAAAUCAAGAUGGAUGUAACAAUCACACUUAUACGUUACUUUUUAAACCUAGCACGUAAUAAUAUGAUUUUUAAUCGAUAGGUGCGCGAUUGGUUGUACCAGGCGAAAGUGAAAGCUUCGGUACGACAAACUUUGUACAUAUCCCACAGUGCGUAGUGUGACGCACACUCGAAUGGAAAAUAAAGUAUUAAUAUUUUAUACAGUCGUAA